GAUGCGAGAAUCAUCUUUUGAGUAGAUACGCAAGGCUCACUCACAAGGCGACUUGGGGCUAACGAGUGCUUAGGUUCUCGUCAAUGUUCUGAAAGCUCCAGAGCAUCUUCAAUACCAACAGACUCUGCUUUCUACAGAACUCAAACAGAUAUUCGAACACGCCCCUGUUACGCCCCAGUCUUCCAAUGGCUCCGAAGAUACAUCACACCUGGGAAAGCGAAAGCCGAUCGAGGGUGACUGUCCAAUGUGUGUCAUAGAAUUCAAGCCCAGCGAUGAAAUCCUGUGGUGCAAAGCUGCAUGCGGGAACAAUAUCCACAAGACCUGCUUUGACCAGUGGGCGAAGAGCAAGCCUGGGCCGGUUAAAUGCGUAUACUGUCGUACCGUUUGGAAGGAGGAUGAGGAUGCCACUAAAAAGAUUGGCAAACAUCGAGCGAAGAACAAAGAGGGAUACGUCAACGUUGCGCGCCAGCUUGGGUUGAGCGGCGUGCGGGAUCAUAGCAGCUAUCAUCAACCAUGGUUCGACGAUGAGAGAUAUGGGGGGUUUGGAGGAUUCUACUGAACUGGGUUACUGUGCGGGAGAUGGAGUAGCCGGGAUAUUUUUAUCGAGGGGUUGCGAUGGUCAACAAGCCAGCGUCGACUGGACUUGCUAUUUGAUGAGGGGAUGGGGUUUGUCCAUAACAGGGUGCUGGGGAGAUGUUUGGCAUUACACUAUCAACGUGUAAUGCCAAACAUCUUCGUUUGCAGAGGUGCAUAACAUUGAUUCUGGCGUUUGUCAGGUGGCAUCCUUCACGACGAGGAGGACUGGCCUUUGCUGCAUACUAUACCCAUUUGCUUUUACUCUUGCUGUGUCUUACUGACCGCCACUUGCUUCUUUAACGAGGCAACUAAUUAUAGGAACCGAUAUCAUAGUUAUGGAAAUCAAAACUGAGCAUUAAUUGGGC